CUCUCUAUUGGCCAAGCCAGAAAGGGGAGGGACCCACCGGGAGUCUGAUUCUUUAAACAAACUUUCCAGUAGGACUGCCUGCUUCCCUUCGCACUGCUGUGUUGGACCCAGACAAAAGGAGUUUGAGGGACUUCUUGAUAUUUCUACCUGAAGCCAAGGCCCAGACCCAGCCGCCAUCAUGUCGAGCAAGCGUGCAAAGGGAAAGACCACCAAGAAGCGUCCUCAGAGGGCCACCUCCAACGUCUUCGCCAUGUUCGACCAGUCUCAGAUCCAGGAGUUCAAAGAGGCCUUCAACAUGAUCGACCAGAACAGAGACGGUUUCAUCGACAAGGAGGAUCUGCAUGACAUGCUGGCCUCUCUGGGUAAGAACCCCUCUGAUGAAUACCUGGAGGGGAUGAUGAGCGAAGCACCAGGGCCCAUCAACUUCACCAUGUUCCUCACCAUGUUUGGAGAGAGGCUCAAUGGAACGGACCCCGAGGACGUCAUCCGCAAUGCCUUUGCCUGUUUUGAUGAGGAGGGAUCUGGUGUGAUCCAUGAGGACCAUCUGAGAGAGCUGCUGACCACCAUGGGUGACCGCUUCACAGACGAAGAGGUGGACGAGCUGUUCCGCGAGGCGCCCAUUGACAAGAAGGGCAACUUCAACUACGCAGAGUUCACCCGCAUUCUCAAACACGGUGCCAAAGAGAAGGAUGACGAAUAGACGGAGACAUCAGCUGCCUCAGGGCCCCCCGAACAUACACUGAACCACAAAUCGAUCCCUAGCUCCUACCUUCAUGGACCUUGUAGGUUUUAGAGAAAAGAAAUAGGAAUAGUAUAUAAAGUCUUUUAUAUAGGAGCAGAAGUGGCUAUGGUGUUACAGUUAUUUAGAUAUGAACAUGUUUUUGAUAGGUAGGGGCUUGGGAUUCAUUUGGGAUCCACGGAAACAUUUUGCAAUACACUACUUUUCACCUUAUAUCAUCAUUGAAGGUUACCAUGAAGAGAAGUGUAUGUGCAUCUCAGAGCUUCAUGUCACUUUGACUGCUGGGUGGAUGUUUGAGAUGCAUCAAACAUCAUGUAUGUGUGUGCGGGGGUGUUUUUGGACUGUGUGAUCCGGUGCCACAUACAGUACCAGCAAUGUUUACCUCUUCCUGCCAAUUAGCUACAGUACCACACCUGCACAAGCACUGCAACAGGUCUCCAUAUCUGUAAUGUUUGUAUCCCUGUAUAUUAACAAUGGAUUUUAAAGAAGCAACCAUUCUGAUUUUGUUUAUUAAAAGUGGUGAGUACUUGAUGAAAUGGUUUGUUGUAGAGCUUUCAGUCUAAAGUCUUUGACCCAUCAGCUGGCUGUGUGUAUUUGUUGAAGGAUCAAGUAUGUUUGUGUUGUUGAAGGAAUUCAGUCUUGAAUUGUUCCUCAGACAAAUAAAGUAAAGUUCAUUCGU